AGAAAUGUUUAUCAACACACUUUCUUUCCUUGCAGCUAUCCAUCCUUAAACUUUCUCUCGAAACAAACGAUACCUAAGAGAAGAGAAGGGAUGGACGAGGUAAAUUUACGAAACAAACUCUUCCACGAUUCCUAAACCCAAAACAGAACCUUUCCACCUAUGGUGUAGUUGAAUUCGUCGAUUUCCACUUUCCAUUUCCAAAACGUUUCUGAUAAUCAACCCACUUUCAGAAAUCGAAGAACCAAACCAUCCUCGAUCAUUCAAUGGCAACGAGAAAUCGAACCGUAGAGUUCAGAAAGUACAGAGACAGCGUCAAAAGCUUACGCACUCCUCUUUCUUCAUCAGCUUCUGCUUCUUCCGGUGGUGGUCCUGUCAUUGAAAUGGUCAACACUUCGCUUCUUCGUACCAAUAAUGGAUCUUCUUAUACUCCUCUCAGUACCCAUGAUCCUGGUCCAUCCUCUUCAAGUGAUGCAUUUACUGUGGGUUUGCCGCCAUCUUGGGUGGAUGAUUCUGAAGAAAUAGCUACAAAUAUACAAAGUGCAAAGGUUAAAAUGUCUGAGUUAACAAAAGCUCAUGCAAAGGCUUUGAUGCCUUCCUUUGGUGAUGGUAAAGAUGAUCAACGUCAGAUUGAGACUCUCACCCGGGAAAUUACGGCUCUCCUCAGAAAGUCUGAAGUGAGGCUAAAAAGGCUUUCUGCUGGUAGAGGGUCUUCUGAGGAUUCUAAUGUCAGAAAAAAUGUGCAGCGUUCACUUGCUACAGACCUUCAGAACCUGUCAAUGGACCUCCGGCGGAAGCAGUCAACAUAUUUGAAACGUUUACAGCAGCAACAAGAGGGUUACGACGGGAUUGACUUGGAAAUGAACUUUAAAGGGAGUAGCUCUGGAUUUCAGGAUGAUGAAUUCGAUGAUGUGGGUUUUAGUGAAGAGCAAAUGACAAAGCUAAAGAAAAAUGAACACAUCUCAGCAGAAAGAGAAAGAGAAAUUGAUCAGGUUGCUAAAUCAGUCCACGAACUUGCUCAGAUCAUGAAGGAUCUCUCCGUUCUUGUGAUAGACCAGGGAACAAUUGUGGAUAGAAUUGACUACAACAUUCAGAGUGUUGCUACAACCGUUGAGGAGGGCUUGAAGCAGUUGCAAAAGGCAGAAAGAACACAGAAAAAAGGAGGGAUGAUUACAUGUGCAACAGUGCUUGUUAUCAUGUGCUUUGUCAUGCUAGUUCUGUUGAUCCUCAAGGAGAUAAUAUUCUAGCCACAUUAAUUUACCUGCAUUACAUACCAUCUAACACGAGAGCUAAUUCACUUUCUUCGAGUCUAUUUGAAUCCAAUUGGAUUUUGUUUGAAGACAGUUAUAAUUGACGCUUCAGGUACUGGAGUUUGGUUUCUCAAAAGGCAUUGAGUUUACAAAAUCAGCCAUAUCAUAGAAUUUGAAUGGCAAUAGGGGGAUGCUGCCCACAAAAUAGUUUGUUGCAUUGUAGUUGUAGGUGCUUGAGAUUAGUUUAGAAAGAAGACAGACUUGUACAUGAUUUAACCGACUGUAUCAAGUAAAUAGUGAGUGAUUUUCAGCAACCUCUUUGCUGUCGAUUUAGUCUUAUGCAAGAACAGAUAUUGAAUUAAACCAAGUAGUAGGGCAAACUACAAUUUUUCAAUGUGAUACAUCUAAGUCAUCAAACGUGUUAAUUUACAUA